AUGUCUUUAGUUAACUGUUGUCGCUCGACUAGCUAAGAUGCAUAUAACGGACAAUUGGUUGCGAGUGGUAUUGUUUUGGAGCGUGGCCACAACGAUAGUUGUCGCCGAGCAACGCACACAAGAGGGGAAGCGUACAGUAUUCGAGGAGAUUGAUUAUCGUCUGCCGACGGCACUUGUGCCCACGCACUACUCUCUGCAUCUGCAUCCGGAGCUGGAUACGGGCAACUUUACGGGCCAGGAGCGCAUCUCCAUAAAAGUGUUGGAGGCAACAAAUCAAAUCAUUUUACACUCCCACAACCUGGACAUUGACAGCGUUUAUGUGCUCAACAAUGAGGUGACCAGCUAUGAGUUGGACGAACUGCGUCAGCUGCUGAUCAUCAACUUGCAGGAGGAGCUGGAGGUGGAUGCGGUUCUUACGUUUGACAUAUCUUUUUCAGGACAAAUGCGCAACAAAUUAGUUGGAUUAUACAGCAGCAGCUAUGCGACGCCUGCGGGGCAGCAGCGCAACAUUGCGACUACAAAAUUUGAGCCAACUUAUGCGCGCCAGGCAUAUCCAUGCUUCGAUGAACCCGCCAUGAAGGCCACCUAUGAGAUCAGCGUUGUGCAUCCCACUUCCGGUAACUAUCAUGCACUGUCCAACAUGAACCAGUUGGACACGAUGUUACUGGAAGAGAACACGAUUGUCAGAUUUGCCACCAGUGUGCCCAUGAGCAGCUAUUUGGCCUGUAUCAUUGUCUCCGACUUUGACUCGGAGACCAGCACGGUGAAAGCAAAUGGUAUUGGCGAAGACUUCGAGAUGCGUGCCUUUGCCACUCCCCAUCAGAAGAGCAAAGUGACAUUUGCAUUGGGAUUUGGAACAGCUGUCACAGAGUACUACAUUCAAUACUUCAAGGUGGCGUAUCCACUUCCCAAGUUGGAUAUGGCUGCCAUUCCCGACUUUGCCUCGAAUGCCAUGGAGCACUGGGGUCUAGUUACAUAUCGUGAGACUGCUCUCCUCUAUGAUGAGCAGAUUAGUUCCACGCUGAAUAAGCAGUCGGUGGCUAGUGUACUGGCUCACGAGAUUACUCAUCAGUGGUUCGGCAAUCUGGUCACCAUGAACUGGUGGAAUGAUCUUUGGCUAAACGAAGGAUUCGCUCGCUUCAUGCAGUACAAGGGCGUCCAUGCUGUGCAUCCCGAUUGGGGAAUGCUGGAACAAUUUCAAAUAAUUGCACUACAUCCAGUUUUGGUGUUCGAUGCGAAACUCUCCUCGCAUCCCAUUGUGCAAAAAGUGGAGUCUCCGGAUGAAAUCACUGCCAUUUUCGAUACGAUUAGUUAUGAGAAGGCUGGUUCUGUGUUGCGCAUGUUGGAGACUCUUGUCGGGCCAGAGAAGUUUGAGUUGGCUGUUACCAACUAUUUAACCAAAUACUCAUACAAGAACACGGUCACCGACGACUUCCUGACUGAAGUGGCUGCCCAGGUCAGUGAAUUUGAUGUCAAGCAAUUGAUGCGCACUUGGACCGAGCAGAUGGGCUAUCCAGUCAUCAAUGUUCGCCAAACCGAUGCCGGUUUCCUUAUUACCCAAAAGCGAUUCCUCUCCAACAAAGCCAGCUACGACGAGGAGGUGGAACCAUCUGAAUUCGGGUACAAAUGGAACGUUCCAAUCACUUAUUUAAUGGACAACGGCUAUACUGACAAUUUAAUUUUUGAGUACGACGUUGAUGAGAUCGGAGUGGCAGCGCUAUCUGAUAUCAACUGGAUCAAGCUGAAUGUGCAUCAGGUGGGUUACUAUCGCGUCAACUAUGAGGAAAGUCUGUGGCAGAAACUCAUCCAAGAGCUCGUCGAGAAACAUUCGCGUUUCGACAUUGCGGAUCGGGCGCAUUUGUUGGACGAUGCCUUUGCAUUGGCCGAUGCCAGUCAGUUGUCCUACACUGUCCCACUGGAGAUGACCGCCUACCUAGCUGAUGAGCUUGACUUUGUCCCCUGGUACGUCGCUGCCUCCAAACUGCAAACUCUCAAGAGCCAUCUCAUGUUCACCGAGAGCUACGUCUCCUACUUGACUUAUGCUCGUACCCUGCUCACCAAUGUCUACCAGGAGGUCGGCUGGACGGUCGAUGCUAACAACCAUUUGAAAAAUCGCCUACGGGUUUCUGUCCUUUCCGUCGCCUGUGCUUUAGGACAACCCGACUGCCUGACUCAGGCAACGGACCGUUUCACUAAUUGGCUCCAGAAUCCCACCGCUGCCAAUCGUCCUGCACCAGAUCUGCGUGAAGUGGUCUACUACUACGGCAUGCAGCAGACGAGCAGCGAGUCCAAUUGGGAGCAGUUGCUGGAACGGUUCAAGGCAGAGACGGAUGCUAGCGAGAAGUUGAAGCUGAUGUACGGUCUGUCGGCUGUGCAGAAUGGUCAGCUGCUCUACCGCUUCCUGGAGAUGGCUAGUGAUGAGAAUAUUGUGCGCUCCCAGGACUAUUUCACGUGUGUGCAGAAUAUCGCUGCCAAUCCGGUGGGUCAACCCAUUGUCUGGGAAUAUUAUCGAGAGCACUGGCCACAAUUAGUUGAUCGUUUUGGCCUCAACGAUCGCUAUUUUGGCAGAUUGAUUGUGAGUAUCACGAGUCGAUUUGCCAGCGAUGUUAAGCUGGAGGAAGUGCAGCAGUUCUUCAAGAAGUAUCCGGAGUCCGGAGCCGGUGCCAGUCCCAGGCAACAGGCGAUUGAAACGAUCAAGUAUAACAUUAACUGGCUGAGGGAGAACGCAGCCGACAUUUCCAGCUGGCUAAGCGGCACGGCCAGUCCAUUGGAAACGAAUAAUCCAUAGUAAAAAUUCGAUGUUCAAUUGGAUAAUGACAAUAAAAUGUAAAAAUAAAAAUACAAUUACUAAUAA